UCUGAUAGUCCCCGAAUGCAGCAUUAGGUUUGGGCUACACCUUAAACGCUUGAAAGAUGCUAAAGGAAAAUACGUUAUUGUGGUACUUAUGUAAAGAGCAGCGCGUCCUUAAGAACUUCGUCUAACACGGUUGAAUCAGAAUGGACGAAGAGGCCAAGAUGCGGACCAGAUGCCACCUUUUGGACUUGCCCUGGGAGGAUGUCCUUGUGCCACAUAUUUUAUGCCAUUUGCCACUGCAGCACCUUGUCAGCCUGCAACGGGUGAGCAAGCAGUUCCACAGCCUCAUCCAGGUGUAUCUAGCCAACUGCAGGACCUUUGAUCUGUCCUCGAUUGGACCAUCCAUUUCCAAGGAAGCGUUUUGCUCCAUGUUAAAGGACAACAAAGUUCUCCACAGCCUGUCUCUCCAGAGCUGUUCCGACUGGGUGACGGACAAAGAGCUGCUGCCAGUCAUCGGCCAGAACCAGCACCUGCAGAGAGUGGACAUGAGCGGGUGUGUUUGGCUCACCCGCCACUCCCUGGUGGCGGUGUCCUUGAGCUGCAUGCACCUCCGCCACCUCGGCCUGGCUCACUGCGAGUGGGUGGACAGCCUGUCCCUGCGCAGCCUCGCCGACCACUGCGGGGGGCUGCAGUCCAUCAACCUCACCGCCUGCCGCCAGCUCAAGGACGACGCCAUCUGCUACCUGGCCAAGAAGUGUUUGAAGUUGAGGUCUCUGUCUUUGGCUGUCAACGCCAACGUCACUGACGAGUCGGUGGAGGAGGUGGCCAAGAACUGCAGGGGCCUGGAGCAGCUGGACCUGACAGGUUGCCUGCGGGUCAGGAACCAGUCCAUCAGGACUCUCGCGGAGUACUGCCCGAAGCUGCAGUCCCUGAAGGUGAAUCACUGCCACGACGUGACAGAGUCGAGCCUGGAUCCUCUACGCAAGCGCAACGUUGUGAUAGACGUUGAGCCGCCUUUACAGAGGGCUCUGGUGCUUCUUCAGGAUGUGUUGGGUUUUGCUCCAUUUAUCAACCUCCAAAUAUAGUCUUUUCGCCAUCUAGCUGUCAUGUGCACACAGGUGUCCUCAUCAAAGCCGCCACUCUCAACUGCAUCACAUGUUCGUGGGAGUGGCUCCAAAAAAAAAGGACCUGGAAGUUUUACUCUCAAGUUUAAAAAUAACGUGGGCGAAAAAGCUCACCGGAAUGGGAUCAAAGAUGAACAUAUUGUUUACGUCUGAAAACGACUAAAGAAAGCCAUGUACUUUUAAGAACUGCCGCCUCAUGUCUAAAAGAUGUCACUCCACUGUUAGUUAAUCAUUCAGUGUUGUAAUAUUGUGGGUUUAAGGAAAAUAAGUUACUUAACUAUAGUAGUGUAUUUCUUUGUUUUGUUUUUAAAGUAAAGUAAUGCUUUACUUUGUUUUUAUGACAUAUUAAGAAAUUAUCUUACGUUUCAUUUAGAAACAUUAAAAUAAUGUUUGAGUUCAAUUAAACAUUUCAUUUUGCCUGUGUUUUAAAGGAUAAAUUCACUCAAAUCACAAUCAACAUUUUCUCUGUUUUGGCUUUAUGUUUUCAGGCUUUUGUUACCUUCACUUCUGGGACUUUUUCUGCCGCUACAAUUCAAUGGAGGCGAAUACAAUUUUCUCAGUAGUGCUGAUUGUUUGUCUUCCAGAAACAAAGUCCUGGCUGCUCAGAAUAAUCCACCGUCCUCAUGGUCUUGAGGUUUUAACUGCUUCUAAAAUGAAAAACUGCUGACCAGCUUUAUUGCUCACGGUCGGAUCAAACCUAUCUUGCAUGGCUGAAAGCCACCAGAGAUUAGUGGGAAAACGUUGAUACAUUUUCUUUUGCCGUUGGUGAAGCGAUCCUUUGAAUUCAUAUUGCUCAUAAAUUCAUACAUGUAUAAAAAAGUAUUUGAAGUAGUAAUGUAUUGUUUCCAUUAAAUACUUGACAUGAUUAGAAUGCUGAAGUGCUGUUACAGAGUAAUACAGUAUAUUCAAUAUAUACGUAAGAAAUAUUAAUUAGCAAAAUAUCAUCAGUUGAAUAUUGUCCCUUUUCAGGCUUCAUAAAUCAGCUUUGAUGCAA